AUGCGUGAAGAUAGGAAUACAAUGAUGGGUAUUAUAGAACACGAAAUAAAUAUAUACGACGAAAAGAAGGCUCAUUUUGAAGCUCUGGGUGGCUUCUCCAAAUGGGUUAAACAUGAUUUUAAAGAUUUUGUUCACUUAAUUUGUAAGGUGAAAAAUGUGAGGAAGCAUGGAAAGUUGUUACUUUUCUGUGACACAAUUUCGAAUGGAAAAAUAAAUAGAAAGGAAAAUGUUUUAUUCUACAAAUAUCACAUUUUGAAGUAUAAUGAUGUGGGGGGGGAUCAUGAUACAGGAGAAGAUAGUUGCCGCUGUACGGGUGAUAAUAAUUGGGGUGCACACUUUUGCGUAGUAGAAAAUAAAUUUAAUGAAGAAGCCUUAUCAGAAGAUAGGAACACUCAGUUAGUAAUCAGCAAGGACUUUUACGUGGACGAAGACAAGUUUGAUUCAUUUAGAAAAUAUUUAUUGAAGGGAAUUUACACAACACAGAAGGACGAUAAGGACGCGAGCCUUGAUAAGGAUUUGUUCGAACACUCAGUUCGGCUAUGCAAGGAGUUUUAUGCGAAUGUGAAGAAGAAUGAUGAUGUGCAGACUUCUACUGAGGAACGGAAUCCCAUAAAUGAUAACUCAACAGAUAACAUGGAAAAUGACCCCCUAUUGUUAGUGAAUGAGUAUAUAAAAUAUGAAAUUUUAAGGAAGGUCAUAAAAACGGAUACGCUGUUGUACAUUAUAGGAUUGCCUGCCUUAACGAACACGAAUGAGAAAUCCAUAUUGGUGUUUUCAGCCUACCUCCUCAAGGUUAACUACGAAUUGUUCAAUAUCAACGAACUAUUAAAAUUAUUCGAAGCAGGUUUUUUUUCCGUGCUAACUGUGUGCAGAAGUUUGCAAAUGAAGGAAAGCGACAUUCGGCACAUUUAUAACAGUAAGGAAGACACAAAAAGAAGAUUCAUACGAAACAUUAUCUACAAAAAUAAAAAUUAUGAAAGUAUAAGUAAUCAAAAAAUGAAUAAUUUUGAAAUUUUCAUUUUAAAAAUUAUUGACAUAAUUCCCAAACUGUUUGAAAUACAUCCAAGCGAAUUUAAGUACAACAUGGAACUGAAUGAUGAUAAACGGAUGCACAGAAUUAUGCUGUGUGAUUUGAACCUAAAUCAGAGUAAUGACCACGUAGCAGUGGAUACAAGGGCGAGUGGAGAUGCUACAGAACAACAACAGAACAAGAAAAAGAGGAGUAAAAAAAAAAAGAAAAAAAAUAAAGAUAUAACGUCCUAUAUGAACAAUAAGAAGAUGCCACAAGUACAGUGGAUGAUUAAUCACAUACAAAUAUUACUCAAAGAAAUAGAAAAAGGAAAUUCAAAAGUCAAGGUGUUUAGCGGGGAGGAUAUCUUUUUUUACAUGUCCACGUUGGUGAACAAGUAUAUAGAAAGUAACGACACCUUUUUUCAAAAUUAUUUAGAAUUUUUGGAACUUUUUAUGGAGAAAAAUGAUAAACUCGUUAGUGCGGAAAAUACAGAAAAGGUAAGAAGAAGUACUCAACUUUUGAGAGAAAAAAAUGUGAACUUGUUUGAAAAUUCGAAAUGGAGUGACGUGCAGUUUUACGACAUUAGGGAGUUCUACGUGGACAAGUGUACGAAAAUGGGUGGAGACGUGAACAAGAAUUGUAAAAGGUUGGAUGAGGAGAAUACAGGAAUGCAUUAUGACCAUGCUGAUGGAGUAACCUUUGAAGAGAAGCAAUAUGUAGCGCAUGAAAUGGGAAGAAACACCAACAUUUACUGUGACACCAAGUUGACGGACAGCACGGUUGAUGAAAACAAUUUGACCUACGAUUACUGCAUCCUGGAUGUCGGGGGAGGAAAAGGUGAUUUGGGGAUUCACAUUUCGUUAGCGUUUAAAAACAUCCUAGUAAUCAUAUUAGACAUUAACGUAAAUUCACUCUUCAGUUGUUUCAUUAAAAUUUUUGCAAACAGAAUUAAGAACGUGUUAAUUAUGCACGAAUCGAUAUUAAAUUUUGACUUUAAGAAAUAUAAAAUAAAAUUGAUAGUCGGUUUACAUUGCUGUGGAGGAUUAACUGAUUACAUUUUGAGAACCUGCGUGGAAGAAAGAAUCCCCUUUCUCACUUGUUCCUGCUGUUACACGAAAUAUAGAGAGUUGAGGAAACACAUUUUCGAUUUUAACAAUGAUAUGAUACUUAAUCAUAUUAAAGGUUAUAUUUACAAUAGGGAGUAUUACGCCCACGUGAACUACAGCAUUGGUCAGUAUGCAGAGGAGAUGGGUGAGACAUCAAAAAAGGAGCACAUCGAUGUAGCGCAUUCUGCGGAGACUGGUGCAGAGGUUUUGAAUGAGGACUCUGUUCACCUGAAUAUCCAUGAUUCUUCCAGAGAUGGAAAAAUGGAUACUUGUGACGAUGGAGGUGAAGAAGGGGGGGAUAUGCAGGAUGUGGGCGAAUUGGGCCAGUACGACGAUUUCUCCAUAUACAAGAAAAAGUACGACAAGUAUGGGAAAAAAAUAAUGAGGAGAACCAUCCCGAACAUAUAUUCGUUCGUAAAUUUGCUGUCCAAAUUAUGCGAGAGCGAAAACGCAAAAAUUUCAUUUAAGUGUAUGCACUUUUAUAAUAACCUGAGAUUUCAAGUUUUGCAAAAGUUGUUUAGUGCCACGGAAAGUAGGGGCGAGCGGGAGGAGUUAAAUCUGUCACUGCACUCAUUCCCCAUGUCCUUUUCGCCGAAGAAUAUCGUCUUGAAGGGCAUGUUUUCGAGGACAGGGGUGAAGCUGUAA